AUUUACGGCAGGAACCCGUGUCCGCUUUACGGUAGCUCUACACUUCCUUUCACACCGGCGCUCUGUCGGGGAUUUGCACCGUGGUAGGACCGUUUGGAAUUAAAAGCCUGAUAGUGUCCCAUCAUCCACGGUCAUGGCAAAGUUCCACGCUCCUGUGAUCCAGGACAACCCGUCGGGAUGGGGUCCAUGCGCCGUCCCAGAGAAGUUCAAAGAUAUGCCGUAUCAGCCGUUCAGCAAAGGAGACCGUCUAGGAAAGGUCGCUGACUGGACUGGAGCCACUUACCAAGACAAGAGAUACACAAAUAAGUAUUCGUCUCAGUUUGGAGGAGGCAGUCAGUACGCUUACUUCCAUGAGGAGGAUGAGACGAGCUUCCAGCUGGUGGACACGGCCAAGACGCAGAAGACGGCCUACCAGAGGAACCGCAUGAGAUUUGCUCAGAGGAAUCUGCGCCGGGACAAAGACCGCAGGAAUCUGACUCAGUUCAACAUGCAAACGCUCCCAAAGAGCGCCAAGCAGAAGGAGAGGGAUCGACUGCGGCUGCAGAAGAAGUUCCAGAAGCAGUUUGGAGUCCGACAGAAGUGGGACCAGAAGUCUCAGGCGCAGCUGAAGCCCAGAGACUCCUCUGUGGAGGUGAGGAGCGACUGGGAGGUGAAGGAGGAGAUGGACUUCCCCCGACUGAUGAAAAUGAGAUACAUGGAGGUGGCUGACCCUGUCGACAUCGAGUGCUGCGGAGCUCUGGAGUACUACGACAAGGCCUUCGACCGCAUCACCACCCGCAACGAGAAACAGCUGAAGAGCAUCAAGAGGAUCUUCCACACCGUCACCACCACCGACGACCCUGUCAUCCGCAAGCUGGCUAAGACUCAAGGCAAUGUGUUUGCCACCGACGCCAUCCUGGCCACUCUGAUGUGCUGCACACGCUCAGUAAACUCCUGGGACAUCAUUGUGCAGAGAGUCGGCAACAAGCUGUUCUUCGACAAGAGAGACAACUCGGACUUUGAUCUUCUCACUGUGAGUGAGACAGCCAAUGAGCCGCCGCAGGAUGAGGGCAACUCCUUCAACUCUCCCCGCAACCUGGCAAUGGAGGCAACUUACAUCAACCACAACUUCAGCCAGCAGUGUUUACGCAUGGGUGGAGAUCGCUACAAGUUUCCAAACCCAAACCCAUUUGUAGAAGAGGACAUGGACAAGAGUGAGGUGGCAUCAGUUGCCUACAGAUAUCGUCACUGGAAGCUCGGAGAGGACAUCGAUCUGAUUGUCCGCUGUGAGCACGAUGGCGUGAUGACUGGUGCCAACGGAGAGGUGUCCUUCAUCAACGUGAAGACGCUGAAUGAGUGGGACUCCAGGUAUUGUAACGGGGUGGACUGGCGUCAGAAGCUGGACUCUCAGAGAGGAGCCGUCCUCGCCACCGAGCUCAAAAACAACAGCUACAAACUGGCCCGCUGGACCUGCUGCGCCAUGCUAGCUGGAUCAGAGUACCUGAAACUGGGGUACGUGUCUCGGUACCACGUGAAAGACUCGGCUCGCCACGUCAUCCUCGGCACCCAGCAGUUCAAACCAAACGAGUUCGCCAGCCAGAUCAAUCUGAGCAUGGAGAACGCCUGGGGAAUCCUCCGCUGCGUCAUCGACAUCUGCCGCAAGCUGGACGAGGGGAAAUACCUGAUCCUGAAGGACCCCAACAAGCAAGUGAUCCGGGUGUACAGCCUGCCUGAUGGAACCUUCAGCUCUGAUGAAGAGGAGGAGGAAGAGGAAGAUGAGGAGGAUGAGGAGGAAGAAGAUGAGGAAAAUUAAAGUGUGAAGCUCCAGUGACCAAAGCAGCCUUCACCCUCCUGAAAGAAAAUCAGUUUAAUUUGACAUUCAAUAAAGAGAACAGACUAACAGAA